CAAAAAUAACCGUGCAAAACGAGCGCUUCAGAUACACGGCAUCUUGGUUGGCCAGUCAAGCCAGUGUGGAUCGUGCCGUGCGUCCGCAAACUGCAUUUAGCGCGGGGCACAGAGAGGGUGUGACAGGAUGGACGACUUCACACACACGCUGGACGACAACCGGCAGGUGCUGGCGGUCGGGACGAACGGCAAAACUUUGGCGCAGCUUUCGUCCCAGUUCGAGGAUCUGCACAUUGGGAACAGUGACGUAACGGCGGUGAAUCUUCUCAAUGGCAUGGUCGGCGUCUGCGGUGGCAACAACAGUGGCCAUGGCUCGGUGCUUGGCAGUGCCGGGAGAAUGGCCGGAGGGCAUCAUCACGGCACGCUCAGCCAGCUCGGUGGUGGUGGUGGUGGCGAGCCCGGUAUCACCGGUAGUGUCGCUGCGGCACUACUCGAACGAUCAAACCGGCUCAGCAACGUACUGUGCAGUGCCGCUGGUAAUAGCGGCGGUGGGGCCGGCGGUGAUGGGGGAGGUAGCUAUGAUGAGCAACCGAACGGAGGCAACGUGCUGGACACGUUUGUGGCCAUGGUGAGCGAACUGGCGGUCACGAAUACCAGCGUCGGGCCAAUCUGCAACAACAACAACAACAACAACAACAACAACACCAGCAACUCGACCAGCCUUGGCAAGCUCGAGGAGCGCCCGGUCAAGUACAAGUCCCACACGGAAUGCGUCCCGGUACCGUCGUCGGAACAUGUGGCCGAGAUUGUGGGGCGCCAGGGCUGCAAGAUUAAGGCACUGCGGGCCAAAACGAACACCUUCAUCAAGACGCCAAUCCGCGGCGAAGAACCGAUCUUCGUGAUAACGGGCACCAAAGAGGAUGUGACGCGCGCGAAGCAGGAAAUACUGUCCGCGGCGGAUCACUUCAGUACGCUGCGCUCGUCGAAGAAGCAAGCGAUCGCACUACUGGCGGAGAACCGGAACGUGCUCGGCUACAACAUGCCCGACGAGAUCACCAUACAGAUCCGGGUACCGCAGAAGGUCGUCGGGCUGGUGGUCGGCCCGAAGGGGGCCACGAUCAAGAACAUCCAGCUGAAAACCAAUACGUACAUCAUCACACCGAAGCGCAACCAGGAGUCGGUGUUUGAGAUCACGGGGCUUCCCACGAACGUGCACACGGCCCGGCAGCUGAUCGAGGAGCACAUUGCGACCAGGGCCGGCACGACGGCGACCAGCGGCACUGGCGUUGGCAAUGGGCUCGGUGGCAACAGUGCUGGCAGCGGUAACAGCAGCAGUAGCAGCAGCAGCAGCAGCAGCAGCAGCACUACCAGCAGCUCGAGCGGAUCGUCACCGUCGCUGAGUGGCAGCCCGAGCGCUGGCCUGAAAGGUUCGGGUUCGAACGUUACGGGCAGCGGUGGCAAAGUGCCAAUCCCUCUGAACAGCCUGACCAGUUGCCUGAGCCCAGACGUUAACGGUAACGCAUCCUCGCUCAUCAAUGGACUGCUCGGGGUAGCGGCAACGGGCAACCCAGCAAAUCUUGGAACCGGUAGCACCAACGGAGUGUUCAACUACAACAACUAUCACCAUCACUACAAUCAGCAUCACCACCAUCAACAGCAGCAGCAGCAGCAGCAUCAGCAGCAUCAUCAUCAUCAUCAUCAGCCACACCAGCAUCAACAACAGCAGCAACAACAGCAGCAACAGCAACAGCAACAGCAGCAGCAGCAGCAGCAGCUAGUCAUGCUGAACAAUGGGUUUGUCAAUGGCGGGGCCGGUAUGCUAAGCGAAGUCGGUGGGCUCUCCGCAUCGAGUCUCAGCGGGCUGCUACCCGGUGUCGGCGAGCAUGACUACGAAAACAAUCAGUUUUUCAUCGAUAAUCUGUUGGAAUACAUUAACAACAUGGUCGGCUCAACGGCCUACCUGGCAAGCUCGAAUUCGGCCGCGGCGGUAACGAUUGGCGGUGGUGCAGCAUCCGACAACAUUCCGGAUUUCCGUAGUAUCUGGGAAAAUUUAAGCGAAAGCCAAGCGUCGGGCACGGAUACCGACAAUUCCUCACUCGUGUGGACACUGCCCUCGUCGUCACGGAACUCCGUCUCCUACAGUCCCGAUGAUUUUAUCUUCCAGCGAUAAGGCUGCACGGCUGCCAUCACCGCUGUUGACGCCUGAUGUGCAGGUAAGGCUGAGGUUGGGCAUAUACAUCCCAUCCGAAGGGCCAAACCCGACUCAACUACUAACGCUAAGAGGAAAGCAUAUAUUACAAACAGUUCAGUAAGGGAGUCGAUUGAAGCUGUGAAUACUGUCAGAGCAAUAAGAACGCAACUUAACAAAGGACAACCACAGCGUGUCUCACGAGAAGCUGCAGUUCCAAAUUUCUUAAUACUUUUUCGAGCGAGACUUUAGAUGCGUGUGUGUUUGCUUGUUUUCAUUUAAUGCUCCUGUUUUUGUUUAAGUCUGCGUUGGUUUGAUUUUUUUUUUAUUAAACAUUACUACUUGCUGUUACUUACUGUUUCUACUUACUAACAUUUCUACUUACUAUGGUUAAUGGCUUACUGGCUAAAUUAUUACAUUACUGUUUAAAUUGGAUUGGCAUUAUUGUCUUUGUGAGAAGGUUUAACGAAAUUUUCAGAAUAGGCCCAUAUGUGCAAAUUAAAGGUCCUUUUUUAUUCUAAAACAACACGUUCCGGCCGUAACUGCCACGCUUUGUGGAUAAAGAAAAUCUAUGGAGAAAGCGAGAAAAGACAGGGCUCGGAAAGGAGAAUAAGAAAACUGAGAGAAGUUGAGAUUGAGUGCAAACAAGAGAGAAAGAGAAAAAGAAACAGAAAGAGAGAGAGAGAAUGAGAGAGAGAGAGAGAGAGCUGUGUUAGAAUAUUUAUAUUUCUUUAGUCAUGAUUUUAUUUGAAAUAUAUAACAUAGUAGUUGG